AUGGAUGAUAUGGAUAUAAUUGCUGAACAACAUCCUCUUGAACAAAUAGGAACAAAUCAUGAUCAAAUAAAUGAUGAUAAUAAUAAUGAUACUAUACCACGAUUAGCUGAACCAAUUAUUAUUCGUGGUGCUGGUCAUGUAACUGUAUUUGCAUUAAAUAAUAAAUUUGAUGAAGAAUAUCCACAAGCUUUAACAUAUAAAGUUUCUCGAGAUGAAUAUCAAGAAACUAUUAAACGAGUUAAUAUGAUUUUAAGAAAAAAUGUUCCAAUGAAUUUUAAAUGGUAA